AUGGCUCCUAUAAAUAAUAAAUCAUAAUAAAAGGGUAAACCACACCCAGCUAAGGGCGGUAGAUAAAAUCAAUAAGACAAGCCCAAAAGAAAAGUUCCAGCUUGGGAAAACAAAUUUAAAGAUGAAAUAGUAGAUUAUUUUGAUGGUGCUCAAGACGCAGAUGGUGAGCAAAUGUUUAAUAAAAUGCCCAUUCUUAAGGAAAACAACAGGGUUAUGAAGCCAUCCAAGAAAGCAAAAAAUUUAAAAUAAAAGAGUGACAUUAUAAAUUCAGAUGACGAGUUUGAAAGAAUGAUGAUGGGAGGUUAGUCUAAAAAAUUAAAAUCUGCUGACGACGACAUUUUCGGAGGAGAAUCAGGCUUAUUCACUGCUGGUGAAUAGUCUUUCAGCAAUUUCUUUAUUUAAAAUAAAUAUGCUUUACUUCAACUUGAAAAAGUCCCAGUCCUUAGAUAUUCUCCUGGAACUUAAGUUUUAACUGCUGUCAGCGAAUAUGGUUCAAACGGACAAUAUAUGGUUGUUAACUUAUCAAGAAAUAAAAAGGCUUUCGUCACUGUUGCUGAUGCUACAGAAGCAAGCAAGGAAGAAAAUGAUUUAAGAAUUUAUGAUUAAGGUGAAUAUUUGAUUGGUGAAAUAGUUCCUAGCAUUAAGGAAGGAAACAUGAAUGUUUCAAUUAAGACUUCUAAGGUCAAUAGCGGACUUUAAAUUAGCGAUAUUCAUUUAAAUAUGAUUUUACCAGGUCUUGUUUCAAGCAAAGAAGACCACGGUGCCAAGAUUGAAUUCAAUGGAGGCGAGAAGUACUUUGGCUUUUUAUCAAAAGAUGAAGCUAAUAACUUUGAGGAUUUAGAAGAAGGUAGAGUUUAUAUGUUCAGAGUUAUUAAGAAAGAAGAAAAGAAGAGAUUAGUUCAUUUAAGUCAAAAGGUUUCUGAUUAGGAAGGAAAGUUUGUUGUUAGCGGCGAAGUUGACAUUGAAGAUGGUGCCGAUUUACAUCACUUAGCUAAGCCUGGUAACCUUGUCAAUGCUGUCAUUUUAAAGGUUUUGAACAAUGGUUUGAUUGUUAGAUUCCUCAAAUAGUUUAUUGGUUUUAUUUUCGAAGAUCAUCUUGACAAGGAAAUCUCGGCUUACAAAGAGAAAGAAAAGCUUUUAGCAAGAAUUAUAGCAUCUGAUUUCGACCAAAAGCAAAUCAAUUUAUCAGUUAAAAAAGCUCAUAUUGACUUAAAGCCCUAUGAAGAUAAUUCAAUCGUUACUGGUGAUGUUCUCACUGAUGGCUUCGUAGUUACUAAAGCUUUAUACGGUGGCUCUUAUUUCGUUAAGCCAAAUAAUUCUAAUAUUUAAUAAUCAUUCUUGCACAAGGCUCACAUUGAAAAAGAAGAAUUGAAAGAAGGUUAAACCUACACUGAUGCAAUUAAAAUCAAAGAAAUUAAUUAUUUCGAAUAAAUUCCCAUUAUCACUGCUAAGGGAGAAUUAGUUAAGCGUGUAACAAACUGGAAUGAUCUAAGACCAGGCAUGCAACUUAGUGCAAAAAUCGAUAAGAUCAUUUAAGGAGCCAAUAAUUAAUAUAAAUUGAAAGUAGCAGUUAAUGAUAAAAUGAUAGGUUUAGUUGAUUUUUACAAUACUGCUGAUAUUCCCAAAGCUGGUCCUGUUCCUAAAAACUUGAAGGAAGGUAGAAAAAUUAAGGUUAGAAUUAUGAGUGUUAAUCCUUCUGAUAAGACUCUUCGUUUUACCAUCAAGCCUGCAUUAUUGAAUGAAGAAGAUGACAAAAUUCUUAAAAAUAUCUCCAAUGCCCAAGUCGGCGACUCCUACUUAGGUUUUAUCUCCAGAAAAACUGAAUAUGGCUAUAUAGUUUAAUUCUUUGGCGAUGUCAUUGGUUUACUCACUUUUAAGGACAUAGAAGAAAUUAACGGACACAGUCGUGAUGAAUACAAAGUUGGUUAAGUUAUUAGAGUUUAUAUUGCCUUUGUUAAUGCUGAAUAAGGAAAGAUUGGUCUCUCCAUUUCUGAAAAAGGAGUUUCUCAAUUAUAAAAAUAAAAGCUUUCAUAGAACACCUCAAGAAAGACUUUGUUCGAAUUCUAAGCAAUCAAUGAAAACGUUGAAAAUAUCUCUCACAAUGUUGGAGAUGUUUUGGAAUAUAUUGUCGAAAACAAUCAAGCUCUCUAAGACGUUUUGACUCUUUACCACAAGGAACACAGAGCCAUUAUUGCUAUUGAGCACUUAUCAGACUUUAGAAAUCACUACUAAUCUCUCAACUAAUACUACAGAACUCUUCCUAACAAGGGUAAUCAAGUAACAAUUAAAUGUAAAAUUAUUCAUAUCAUGCCAAACAAGAAUGUUAUUGUCUCUGCUAAGCCUAGCAUUUUGAGCAAUAUGAAUCCCAAUUCUUUAGAAAGUGUUAAGGCUAAUAAUAUCUACACUGCUUACAUUGAUAGAGGUGCCCGUAAAGGUGUCUUGGUUAAGUUCAAUGAAAGAGUUAAAUUUUUCAUUGGUAAGGAAAAUUUGGAUGAACACGCUGCAUUCCAAACUUACGACAGUGUUUUAGUUUUUGUUAAAAAUGUUGAAGGUGAUAAAAUCACUGCAAGCUUAUAAAAUGAAGCUGUUUUCAAGAAACAAGCCCACAUUAACAGCUAAUUCAACAGAUUCAUUGAAUAUUUUAAUGACGAAUACAUGUUAAACAAGAAAUUCACUUAAGGUGAACACAAAAAAACAUGGAAUAAAUAUAGAGUUGGUAACUACGUAAACACUACCAUUGAACUUGUCAAAGAAUUCGGUAUUGUAGUUAAAGUUAACGAUUCACCUUUAACAGGUUUAAUUAUGAACGAGCACGUUGCUAACACUAGAAGCACUUUGGCUGAAGGUCAAACUCUCCUUUGCAGAAUCACAGACAUUGAUUUCGAAAAGCAAAUGGUUGAUGUUAUUCCUAGUCCCAUUGAUGAUAAUACCAAGUUGACCACUCUCUUACAAAGCAACAACUUCAACUUAGACAAAUUCCUUGAAUUAGAAAAUAACGAAACUAUUGAUGCAACUGUCAUUUGCUAGAAGGGCGAAUACAUUAUUUGCUAGAUCACCAAGGCUCCUAAAGUUUUUUGCUACGUUAACAUGACUAACUUUAAUAAUCUUGAACACGAAGAAAUGCUUUUCGGAUAAAAAAUCAAAAACCUUAAGUGUGUUAACAAAGAAAUAUUACAAAAGACUCAUAAGAAUGCUUAAUCUACCAAUAUGGCUUUAAGAAGCAACUAUAUUCCUUUAUUCGAAUAAUAGGUUAACUAACAAAAUAAAGGAACAGCUAUCGAAGAAAAGAGCGGAAUUACUCUUAAACCUGGUAUUAAGGUUGUUGGUAAAGUCCUUAAGACUGUUGGCUUCAAUGUCUUUGUUUAACUCAAGGGUAAACUUUAUGGAAAAUUACAUAAAUCAUAAUGCCAAGAUGCUGAAUAAUUUGCUUCUUUUAAGGAAGGCUAACAAAUUGAUUGCAAGAUUCUCUAUCUUAAGAAAGACAAAUCUCUAUAGAUUGAUUUAACUACUAAGUAGGCUCACAUGAAUAGCACAUUACUUGAAGAAAGUGAAGUUUUAUCUAUGAGCAUUGAUAAUUUCAGAGAAAACUGUGUUGGUUAAAUUCACCGUGGUGUUGUAAAAAGCACAGAUCCUUCUUCAAUUCACCCUGUUUACAUUGAAUUAUCCAACUAUCAUCAUGGUUACUUCAGCGCUUUCGAUCUCGACGCUGAAGAUCUUAACUAAAUUAAGAAGAAAUACAAAAAGGGCUCCAUAGUUGAAUGCAGAAUUGUUUCUUUAUCUUCAUCCAAAGAAAACGAUCUCAAGCACAUCUAACUUUCUCCUAAGUUAUUGUCUGCUGAUGAAUCUGCUGAAAAGAAAGACUCUAUCAAGGUUGGAGAUCUCGUCACAGCUAAGAUUGUUAAGAAAAACAACAAUGGUUUCCGUGUUCAAAUCAGCGAUAAUCUCUUCGGAAAUGUUGAUAUUACUGAAAUCUGCGAUGAAUGGAUUGCUAAUGCCUCUUCUUCCAUUCAAAUAAACUCUUUUGUUAAGGCUAGAGUUAUUGCUGAAGAAGGUGAUCACAAAUAUCUUUCUCUCCGUUCUUCAGUUACUAAUGAAUAAAACUGGAAAAACUCUUUAGGUCCCAAUGGAACCACUAUUAACUACAAAAAGUACUUCUCCGAUAGCGAAAAGAUUGGAGAUCUCAGAAAUAGAAUUAUUAAACUCGGUCCUGGUUCUAUUAAGGUCGGUAUGGUAUUUGUUGGUUACAUCAACUAAACUAACGAUAAGGGUUGCUUUAUUAAGAUUGGUUAAGACACUGUUGUUAGAGCAAGCUUGAACGAAUUAAGCGAUGAACAUAUUGCUAAGCCUUAAACUCAUUUCUACCAAAAUAAGCUUGUUGUUGGUAGAAUCAUUUAAAUUAAGGAAGAUGGUAAAAUUGAAGCUUCUCUUCGUGAAUCUGUUAUUAAAUACGGUUACUCCAUGGAUGACAGCAAAUUAUAAGUUGGUGCUACCGUCUAUGGUACUGUCGUUGGUCACUACUAAGGCAGAGCUUCCGUUUCAAUAAGAGGAUGCAAGUUUAGAGCUUCUCUUGAUAAGGAUGACACUGAUUUCACCGAUGAAGAAAAAAUGGGUUAUGUUGAAAAACUUCUCCCUAUUGGUUCUGCAGUGAAGGCUAAGGUUAUUAAGUACGAAAAGGAGCCUAAGGUCAAGAUUAUUUUGAGCACUGAAAAGCUCGUCUUUGAUAAGUACAGCAACGUUGAAGAAGCUGAAAAGGAAGAAAGUGAAUAAAGCCAUUUGGAUCUCCUUAUCAAAUCCGUAGAUGAAAUCAAUGUCACUGCAAAGGUUGCUGAUGAAAAGACAACUGAAAUUAAAAUUACUAAAAACUAUGCUCUUAACCAAGAAAAUAAAACUGAAUAAGAUGAAGAAAAAAUGGAAGAGGAAGACGAAGAAUAGGAAGAUGAUGAAGACAACAAAUCCGAUUUAGAUGAAGAUGAAAUAUAAAAUCUUAUUGCUAAUUAAGGAGUAGAAUUCGAAGGAUUUGAAGGUAACGAAGAAGCUGGUGAUGAUGAUGAAGGUGAAGAUGAUGAAAGCAUUUUGAGUGAACAAAGUUUACUCGAUGAAGAAUUCGGUGAAGAAGACAUCAUCUCUAACAAGAAGAAAUCAAGAAGAUAAAAAGAAAUCAUCAAGCGUAAAAAAGAAGAAGAAAUCAGAGAAUAAGAAAAGAAAUUGAUUGAUGAAAACGCUUAACCCGAAAACAGAGAUGACUACGAAAAACUCAUCUUGAAGAAUCCUAAUAGUUCUUAUGUUUGGAUUUAAUUCAUUGCUUUCGUCAUUGAAAAGGAAGGAAUUCAAGCUGCUCGUGAAGUCACCGAAAGAGCUCUUAGAGUUAUUAAUUUCAAGAAUGAAAAUGAAAAAUUAAACAUUUGGACUGCUUAUCUCAACUUAGAACACAACUUUGGUGAAGAAAAGGCUCUAGUUAAGGUUUUCGAAAGAGCUAAAGCUUCUUGCAAGCCCAAAGACGUCUACUUCAAGUUACUUGAAAUCUACAGAAGAGAUUCUAGCAAAUACGAAUUACUCUUCCAACUUUCAAAGAAUAUGGUCACUAAAUUUAAACACUCAAGCAAGUGCUGGAUUGAACACGUUAAAAAUGUCAUUUUAUACAGAGACAGCAUGAUUGAAAAGAAACAAGAAAAUAAACUCAACUAAAGCCACGAUCCCAAAGAAGUUUUAAAGAGAGCUUUGAUUUGCUUAAAGAAGAAGAAACACAUUAUUGUCCUUUCUUAAUAUGCUAAAAUCUAAUAUCAAAGCAAGCAAGCUGAAACAGGACGUACCACUUUUGAAGCUGUUGUAGCCAACUAUCCUAAGAGAACUGAUAUCUGGAAUGUUUACAUCGAUAUGGAAAUGAAGUAUGGUACCUUAGAAAGCGCUAGAAACUUAUUUGAACGUGUCAUAACUAUGUAAUUCAAGCCCAGAUAAAUGAAAUUCUUCUUCAAGAAAUAUCUCCAAUUCGAAGCUACCAAAGGAACUACUGAAAGAGUUGAAGAAGUUAAAUAAAAGGCUGCUGAAUACGUCCAAUCUCUUAUUGGUUAAGAUGAAGAUAACGAACAAGAAGAAGAAUAAAAUGAAAUGGAUGUUGAAGAAUAAAAUGGUGAUGAAGAAAUUGAAAAUAUAGAUGAUGACAUCGAAGACGAAGACGAUGAAUGA